UCUCACUUUUCACACCCAAAACUCCCUCAAUUUAUUGCUUUAAAUCAAGCAAUUUUGCCUUUUAGUUGAAGCUUCACGCUUUCCGCUUCAUUAUGUAUAAACAACCCGGAUUCCGUCUGCUGUUUUGCUUCUUCAUUUCCCCUCUUAAUCUUCUGCGCCUCUUGGUUUUGUGAAGCGGAGAAUUUUGCCUUCUGUUAUCAUGGAUGAGUGGGAUGCUCAGAAGAUGUUGGACUUGUACAUUUACGAUUAUUUGGUGAGAAAAAACAUGAAUACAACAGCUGGAAUCUUAGCCGAAGAGGCUGAUCUUCAGCCCAAGUCUGUUGUUAUCAAUCCUCCUGAAGGAUUUCUGUCUGAGUGGUGGUCCUUAUUUUGGGAUGUAUACUCUUCUAAACUUCCGAAGAAUCCUCAGGGAGAACAAGCCAGCACAUCAAAGGUUUUUUGAUUUUUUCUUCUUCUAAUUUUUAUAAGAACUUGUUUGAUUGCAUUCUUGUAUAACAAAGGUCAUGCAUUGAAGUUGAUUCUCGUCUAAUUUUCAGCUACCUAUGAAUGGUGGACCUGUGCUGCAAAAUCCUCAGCCUGGUUCGCUGGUGCCAGAUGUCAGCUAUAUGCUGCAGAACAUCUGUCAAAGAACUCCUAUGUCUGGGCUUCCUAAUCUGCUUCAGAUAGGCAAUCCAACACAAAUGCCAAAUAUGGGAAGUUUGCUGCAAAAUGCUUUUCCAACUAUGAUGCCAAAGAUGGAUUUCACUGCAAAUCAGUUUCGACAAAAACCUAUGUCGCUUUCAGACUACUCUAUAAGGGAUGAGCAGAUCUUGGAUGAAUUGGCUGCUCAAAGAGAGCGUGAGCAAGAGCAUCUUAGGCUCCCUCGAAGGUGCCUUGAUCCUAAGUCGAAUCUUCUCAAUGUUGAUCAUUUAGCUAGCAUGUUGCCGUUGCCAAGCAGUUCCAGCCAUCGUCAGAAGAAAGUUAGUAGCAAGCGGCAGUGUCCUGUUAUUAAUGAUGUCAACUAUAGUACUGGUUCGAUGAGAUCUAUCCCUUCGGAGCUAACUCCUUAUCCACCAAAGCUGAUACAGGAUGACAUCGGACAUGCAGAUGCUGGUUUGUACACUUGA